GAAGUACACUUGGUUCUAGUAAAGGAUCAGUUUCAGGUUCAGACUGAGAUGUCUUGAUGAUUAGAAUUCAGUCACCAAGAAGAAACCCCCAAGGCCAAGGGUAUUGGAUAUAACAUAAAGUGGAAGCUGUACCUGACCUCCAGAGAAUGUGGACUGGAUAUCAGAUCUUAAUCUUCUCUUAUCUUACUACAGAAAUUUGGAUGGAGAAGCAGUAUUUUCCUCAAAGAGAAGUGGAGCGAGGAGCUUAUUUCACUAGGAAUCACACCAUUUUGGAAGGUACUCGAUUCAAAAGAGCCAUUUUCCAAGGGCAAUACUGUAGAAAUUUUGGUUGUUGUGAAGACAGAGAUGAUGGCUGUGUCACUCAGUUCUAUGAGAUGAAUGCAGUGUGUUACUGUGAUAAAUUCUGUGAAAGGGAAAAUUCUGAUUGCUGUCCUGAUUACAAGUCCUUUUGCCGCGAAGAGAAAGAAUGGCCUCCUCACACCCCUCCUUGGUAUCCAAAAGGUUGCUUCAGAGAUGGUCAACAUUAUGAAGAAGGAUAUAUUAUUAAAGAAAACUGCAACUCCUGCACAUGCUCAGGACAACAAUGGAAAUGCUCCCAGCAUGUAUGCCUUGUUUGUCCAGAAUUAAUUGAUCACAUCAAUAAAGGAGACUAUGGAUGGACAGCACAAAACUACAGUCAGUUCUGGGGAAUGACUUUAGAAGAUGGUUUUAAGUUUCGCCUUGGCACCUUACCACCUAGCCCCAAGCUCCUGAGCAUGAAUGAAGUGACAGCUUCUUUACCUGCAGCAACAGAUCUUCCAGAAUUUUUUGUUGCAUCUUAUAAGUGGCCUGGAUGGACUCAUGGUCCACUGGAUCAAAAAAACUGUGCUGCAUCAUGGGCAUUUUCCACUGCAAGUGUGGCUGCUGACCGAAUAGCAAUUCAGUCUGAGGGCAGAUACACAGCCAAUUUGUCUCCUCAGAAUUUGAUUUCUUGCUGUGCCAAAAACCAUCAUGGAUGCAACAGCGGAAGCAUCGAUAGGGCAUGGUGGUACCUGAGAAAACGUGGACUUGUAUCCCAUGCGUGCUAUCCACUUUUCAAGGAUCAAAAUGCUGCCCACAGUGGAUGCGCCAUGACAAGUAGGUCUGAUGGGCGGGGAAAACGGCAUGCCACAAAGCCAUGUCCCAACAACAUAGAGAAGUCUAACAGGAUCUAUCAGUGUUCUCCUCCAUAUAGAGUCUCUUCCAAUGAAACUGAGAUAAUGAAAGAAAUUAUGCAAAAUGGACCAGUUCAAGCCAUAAUGCAAGUCCAUGAGGAUUUCUUCCAUUAUAAGUCAGGGAUAUAUAGACAUGUUACCAGCACAAAUAAAGAAUCAGAAAAAUAUCAAAAGCUUCGGACACAUGCAGUCAAACUCACUGGAUGGGGCACACUGAGAGGAGCACAGGGGCGGAGAGAAAAAUUUUGGAUUGCUGCCAAUUCCUGGGGAAAGUCAUGGGGAGAGAAUGGCUAUUUCAGGAUUCUUCGAGGAGUAAAUGAGUCUGACAUUGAAAAGUUGAUUAUCGCAGCUUGGGGCCAACUGACAAGUUCAGAUGAACCAUAACAUAUCAUUAAAUUUCCAUAAAGCCAUGCAUUUAAGAAAUCCCUUCAGUUGAUGUUUAGCAAUGUGAGGUCCUCUGUGACAGUGAAAUCUUUGUCUCUUCACCUUAUUAAUAUAAUGCACCUGUUUUCUUGUUUUAUCCACCAGGCUCCUUGCUUCUACUUCCAUUAUAUUCUGUCUUAAGUAUAUGAAAACACUAAUAAAGGACAGUAGAAUGGUUAAAUGCCUUUAAAA